AAAAAAUAAACUUCGGCUCUAAUCUGCAGGGAAACGAGGCGGAGGGCUGAGAGAGCUUGAGAGCGACCGGUCUUUUUCUUCGGCUCCUCCUCCUGCUCCCCUUCUGACUCCGAAGGAGACGCGGUGGGUGAGAAAGCCAUGGCGGCGACGGUGGCAGCGCGUUCCGCUUCCCUCUUUGCCUCUCAUUCAUACAGAACGACAAAAGCGGUGAUUAUCAGGCCCUUCACAGCGUCCUCUUCCGCACCUUUUGCUUAUAAUAUUCUCUUGCGUCCUACCUAUCUCUCCUUAUCGGGCAGGAUGCUUUCUAGGAAAUCAUUCCAGAGAAGGGCAGCAACCUUGCAAGAGAAAGAAGAACAAGUGGGAGUGGAAGACUAUUUUCAUGUUAAGACGAUACCUAACAUUGUUGAAGAGCCAACAGAUGAUGAUAACUCAUCUUCAAAGGAACCUGGUAUGGUGGAGAAAUGGGUUAUCAAGUUUGAGCAGUCACUGAACGUCCUCCUCACAGUAUGCUUUCCUAAUAUAUCCUUAUUUGCUGAUUUUGUGGAUAAACUUGUCUAUGAUAUUAGCUUUAUCACCCCAUUUGCAUUUCUUAGCAUCAAAAAUCUAUGCAGGCCAAGUUUGUAUGCAUCACAUGUAUUGUUUGUUAACAAUUGUAGGCCGUUAACUGUGGGGUUUAAUUCUGCUCCAAUCUUUAUUUACUUAUUCAACUCCUAGCUUUUAGGUUUAUCA